AUGGUCCAUUUCACCGACCUUCCUUUUGAAAUUCUCACAAGGAUUCUUUCAUACCUGCUAUCUCAUCGUGAUAUUGCUGCCUUGUCCAUACAAUGUCGGUUCCUGCAUGCCGUCUGUGAUAUGGACACCCGCCGGAGAUACCGGCGCAUUCGCAUCACGCCGGAUAAAAAGAGUCUGAAUCGCGCAUUUGACAGGCUAUUCAAGAUAUUAAAACGACCUAGUCUCGGCCGACAUGUCCGUCGGAUUGAAUACAUCAAUUGUACAUCUUAUGAGACGGAACGAAUCUAUCCUCCGGGCUACGAGCGAGACCCAACCCCGGAAGAGACUCGGCUGUUACUCACUGCGUGCCAUGCAGCGGGCUUUGGACGUUCGGAUGAUGAUAAUCUGAUGGCGAUGCUGCUCCCCCCACCAGUAGAGGAGACUGAAUGGUCUGAGAAACAGCUAGCCUAUCAGGCACAAGCGAUGAACAUCGUGCUGGCGUUGACGGCUCUUCAUAUAUCAGUCUCACAAAACGUCGAAUAUCUGGCUAUUCCGGACCCUUGUUUCACAUAUAGUGGACCCGGAACUCCUGAAGAUAUCGUGUGCUGCCCGGUGUACCAGCUCAUCGAAAAUGUGCACGCCAACCCCGAGGAAAGACCAUUCUUACAGAAUCUGCGAACGAUCUAUUUACUUAAUGCACAGGGCAGUCCGGAUCCAGUUUACUCUCAGAACUACUGUUUUUUGGAUCUUCCCCAGUCCAUGGUUCUAUUCCAAGGGCUUCCUGCCAUCGAGUCUAUUAGAACAGAUAUCCUAGGUGCACCACAGAUUUCUAUUCUUUCAAUGCUAGAUCUGAAACCUGCGUACUCAAACUUUAGCAAGGUUUCUAUUCAACACUCAUGUGUCGAUUCCAGCUACCUUGCAACAGUAGUCACAUUUUGCAAGGUACUGAGAGAAUUUGAGUAUGGCCUUGGAGGAAAGUAUAGAUAUGGACUUGAAUACCCCGUGUUCAAUCCCAAGACCUUUAUUCAGGCGCUGCUGUUUCACAAGGCAACUCUGGAAACUUUAGAUGUCGAUAUUGACGCUAGCUGGCCUUUCGACCUGGAGGAAUGGGAUGAGGAGUAUGAACAGGAAAUAGAGAAAAUUUUUUGGCUCCUUCCAUACGACAUAUGGGAACAGAGUGGGUCCUUAAAAGACUUCUGUUCCCUGAAGCGACUCAGCCUCGGUAUUAAGUUCUUAAUGUACUUUGCCGAGGGAGUCAUCGCAGGAUCCCCGCGAAUGUGGCUGGGUGUGUCCUAUAGCCCGUGCAAGGAGGAAGGCGAAGAUUGCUUUAAUUUGGCAGAUCACUUGCCUCCCAAUCUCGAGUAUCUCACCAUUCGGGGGUAUAAGAGAGGGGUGAACAUGGCGCACGACGCCCAGGUUGAUGCUCUAAUUGCUCUCAAGGAAAACGCCUCGUCUAAAAUAAAGGAGAUUACUGGCAUCGAACAUCCGAUCCCAAAUGGCGAGGACUUUGAUCCUGAUGUGGACGGAAGCAUCCUAUGGCACAGAGUGGAUGAGGAGUGGAACGAUGAUUAA